UCCGCGCCCACGUGAGAUUGCCGGCUGCUUACCAACAUGAACGGGAAAGUCUCCGAGAAGAGUCUUCUGGCAUUGAGCCACCAGGGAAAAGCAGUGGAUUCGCUAAAAGAUUUCUCUCAGAGUGCCAGUGAAGAUGAGGAGGUCAUUGAUGGGGAGAGAAACCACCGAAAGCUCCUGGAGAAGAUUGGAUACCUGGAUGGCAAGAAUAGACAGAGAUUGGCUGAGCGUUCUGAGGCCAGUCUGCAAGUGUCAGAGUUCAAUGUCAGCAAUGAAGGGACUGGGGAGCAGCUGGAUCUUGCUGAGCUGCUUGGCCCCCUCAAGCCUUCCUCCUCACUGGGCACUGUGAAGAAGCAACUGAAAAAAGUCAAAAAGAAAAAGACGGUGGACUUACCUCUUAGCAAAGAGGAGAGGGAACGGAUCCAUAGGGAAGCUGCAUACAACAAAAUCUCCCAAGACAUGACCAAGUGGGAUCCAGUAGUCCUGAAGAACCGAAGGGCAGAACAACUAGUGUUUCCUCUGGAACAGGAUGGAGUCCUAGAUAACUGCAUCGAGGAGGUUCUCGGGGGCUGGAAGGCAAGAACUCCCCUGGAAAAGGAAAUUUUUAACCUCCUGCACCAGAACAAGCAGCCUCUGACUGACCCUUUAUUGACACCAGUAGAAAAGGAGUCCUUAAAAGCCAUGAGCCUAGAGGAGGCCAAGCAGCGCCGAGCAGAGCUCCAAAAAGCCCGGGCCCUGCAGUCCUACUAUGAGGCCAGGGCUCGAAGAGAGAAGAAAAUCAAAAGCAAAAAGUAAGAAG